AUGGAUCUUGCACAGUUCAGUCUUAAAAUAUUUCAAGUUCUUCAUAGAGGACCAACAAAAAGAGAGCCUAAAUGCGCCGAAGAGUACCAAUGGGCACUUGGUAUGUAUGGUGCAUUAAAAUCAAAUCCAGAAAAUUUUUGUACAAUACAUAUAUUACAAAUGAAUAAUGAGGACCCUAACAUCCGUCAAUUGGCUAUGACACUCUUUGCUGGUAAAAUGUUUGAAUUAAACGAUACAUUAUAUCUGAAAUUAUCACCUAAUUACAGAGACUCAUUAAAUACCAAAUUGUUAGAUAAAAUGGCAAGUGAAAAUAUGGCUAGUAUUUUACAUCAAUAUGUUAAUAUAUUUGAAAAAUUGUAUAGUAUUUGUAUAACUAAUUCUAUCCCUUUUCCUCAAUUCUUACCUUCAAUACUUCAUAUGUGUGUUCAAGGAGAUCGAGAACAUCAAAAUUAUUGUUUAAAUUUAUUAGAAAAGAUAAUUGUUUCAAUACCACCAAAUGAUAUGAAAAAUGCAUUUGAUGUUAUUGUUAAUCUAGUUAAUCAAGCAAUUAGUUCUAAUGAUGGAGAUCUCAUGUCUAAUGCAAUGAGUAUUAUUAAAGAAUUAAUACAAUAUGCCAACGAUAAUAAUAUGUGUCUUGAUAAAGCAAUUUCAUUAUAUCCUAUACUUCAUCAAGUAACUCUUACAAUUAUCAAGAACACUUCUUUUGAUAGUUUAUGGAUUUAUGUAUUUGAAAUUGAACAACAAAUAUUUGAUGUUUAUAUACCUCAAUUAGCUCAAUUUAUUCCAAUAACAAUAAAACUUGCUUUAGAUGUUUGUAAUCUAGAUGAAGAUGAACAUUAUGAUACAGAGGUCCAUAGUAUUGCAAUGGAAUUAGUAGUUACUAUCUUUGAAAUUUAUUAUAAAGAAAUGAAAAAUGUUCAAGAUCUUCAAAAAUAUACUUUUACAACUUUAAUGAAAUGGCUUUGUGAUGUUGAUGAUAUUCCAGAAUGGUAUACUAAUGAAGAUGAAAUUGAAGAUAGCCCUUAUUAUUUUCAAGCAGAAGAAGUUAUAGAACGAAUUACUCAUAUGACUGGUGCAUCAAAUUUUGUUAAUUUCCUUAUUCAACAUAUCUCUUUAUUAACUUCUAAAGAUUGGAAACAACGACUAGCAUUUUUAACUGCAUUAAAUGCAGCAAUCAAUUCAAAAAAGAGUUCUAUAUCAAAAGCAGCUGUAGAUCUUUGUCGUUUAGUCUUUCCACUUUCAAGUGAUGAAAAUCCAAGAGUAAGGAAUCAAGUCCUUAUAUUUAGUAAUAGGAUAUUUAAAUUAUAUCCAAAUACUCAAGAAAAUAUUGCUGAGAGUGUCUUACAAAUUAUUGGUACUGGAAUUGCUGAUGAAAUUCCUCGAAAUCAAUCAAAAGCAUGUGACCUUGCUACUUCUCUAAUUUCAUCUUUAACACCCCAACAACUUUCUCCAUAUUUAAAUAACUUUAUUAAAGUGAUUGCACCUUUAAUUGAAAGUGAUGAUCCAGGAGUUGUUGCUGAAGCAUUAUGUUCUUUAUCUAACAUUAUUUUAAAAAUGAAAGUUGGUAUAGAUGAUUUUUUUGUACAAAUUAUUCCAAUGUUACAACGAGUAUUAGAAAAAACUUCUGAUUACACUGAUUUAUUUGAAGUUAAAGGAAGAAUUAUUGAAAUGAUAUCUAUCAUUGCAACUAAAUUAAAUGAUAAAUAUAUUGGAACAUGUACUCAAAUUAUUAUAAAUGAAAUUCAAAGAGUAAUGAAUAUUCCUAAUCUUGAAAUAUCUGAUCCAUUGUUUGGAUAUAUAGAAACAUCAUUUACUCGUUUAGCUGAUUUAUUAAAAGAUCAGUGUGCUCCAAUGUUACCAACCAUGAUACCAAUUAUUUUAAAACGUGUAAAUUUAAAUAUUGUUUCACAAUGCGAAUACUGUGAAACUCAAAAAGUUUAUUGUGGUGAUGAAGUAUUGAAUGUUUACAUUGAAGAGGCAGAAGAAAAAGUUAACGCUAUAACGUCUAUUGCAGACUUGUCAAAUGACCUUAAAAAUAUUUUCUUUCCUUAUGUUGAACAAUGUCUUUCUAGUGUUAUUCCUUUAAUUGGUUUAAAGGCUUAUCAAAGAGUUAGGACUGCUGCUGUAAGAUGUUCAGUUAGUUUAAUUGGCUCAUUUAUUAGUGGUAAGGAAAAAGAAACAGGAGAUAUACAACAAGCAAUGAUAGCAGCAACUCCUUAUUGUUCACAAAUCACUGAUGCUAUUAUUAAAAAUUUGAUAACUGAGACAGCUAUCGAAGUUAUUAGUGAACAAAUAAUUGGACUACAACGUAUUAUUGAAGCUAAUAGACUUCCUUUAGGAAAACAACAAAUGAACUCAAUACUUGAAGUAUUAAAGAUAUUACUUGUCAAUUAUAUUCAACAAUCAGAAUUAAAAGAUAAUAAUCUAAAAGAUGAAGAUUCAGAUGAGGGUAAUGAAGAAGAAGGUACUUUUUGUUUUAAUUAUCGUUCCUUAUUACAAACAUUGGCAACAUUUAUGCCUCAACUCUUCCUUGAAGAAUUUCAAAACAUCUUAUUACCAAUACUAAAAGCUUCACUUACAACAAAUGGUGUUUCUUUAAAAGUCAUUGGGUUUGUUGCUUCAAUUUUCUCAACUAUCAUUUUAUUUGCUAAUCAAACUUCAUUUAUUGAAAAUAUUAUUGGAAUUAUUAUUAAAUUAGCAUCAACAAAAGAUGUUGAAAUUCUUAAUCAAUGUAUGGAAAAUAUUUUACUUCUUGUUCAAGUUCCAUGUAUUCAACCUUAUCUUCAACAAAUAUUAGAAAUUAUUAAAAUUGGAUUAGGAUUAAAAGAUGAAAGUGAAAUGUUAUACAACACUUCUGUAAUGACUCUUGGUAAAUGCAUUUGUUAUAACCUUCAAGCAUUUAAUAAAGAAAUUGUAUUAUCAUGGUUCUCUCUUCUUCCAAUUGAUUCAUAUCCAGAUGAUAUUCUUUCUUUUCUUUUUACUAUCUUUGCUCAUUCUCAACUCAUUCCAUUAACAAAAGAAACAAUUACAAAAACUCUUUUAAUUCUUAUUAGUUGUUUAGCUUCUAAAGACUCAAAUCAUAUUCGUUCUGUAACAAAAGAUUUAGUUACAGAACAACUUAAAUUGUGGUUCCAAAAUAAUAGUGCAUUAAUUGAACCAAUUUGGGAACAAACAAAUCAACAACAAAAAGAGUUAUUAAAUGAACUAUUACAAUGA